AUGUACCACCGCGCGAAGCCCACCGCGCAGCAGCCGCCGCGGGCGGAUGACGCACCCGGAUACGGCCCUGGAGCCGGUCGCGUCAGCGGCAACCUUGCGGACCAGCUAUCACAACAUCAACAGCAACAUCUCCAACAGCCCAUCCAUCCCUCAUCCCGUCCGCGGAUCAACCCCGCGACAGCGACCACAACAAGCGCAAACACUCCCAAAAACCCCACCGACCAUGGUGCCCCCCUAAGCCGCACCACAACCAACACCAGCACCGGCAACAAAGCUGAUCUCCCCACCGAACCCCUCCAAUCAACCCUCCUCCAGCCCCGAGUAGCCGUCGCCCUAGGCGUCUCCCAGAAAUGGUAUCCCCUCCUUUUUCUAUGCCGACUGGCCUCCAUCGCGCCGGUCAUCCUGUUCGGGUUACCCACAGUUCUACGGUUGUUAGCGACCCUACAUCUGAUGUACCUGGACCGAGUGCUUGACGGAGGCGGGGCGUUGACGAAACUUACUACUCGGAAGGGAGGGGCAGACAAUGGAGGAGGGUUUGCGCAAGGGUAUAAAAUGAUGGGGACGGGGUUCGAUCCGGAGUUUGAGGCACGGUUGAGGUUGACGGAGAUGGUGUUGGCUAUAAUAUGGUGCUUCGCCUCAGGCUACCUAUCCUUCUUCUUCACUGACUGUCUAAUGUCGCGCUGGCUGCUAAACUACACGCCGCAAGCUACUAUCGUCCGGCUUUUGACCGUCGAUGCACUCAAUGGCUACGUGACGUACUGGGUUCUGCACCUCACAGGAGGGUUUGAAGACCCCCGCUUGGUUCUACCAGCCUGGAUUGUUAUAUCAAGCACCCUCACAGUCCUCUAUCACAUCACCCAACGCAAGAUCAACAUCCGCAAGGAGACGUCCAUGUCCAUCAGCGUCUUUUCCAUCGCUAGCUUUGUCAGCAUGGUAACGCUGCUUAUCCAGCUACACUCAAACCGAUCCGACUAUCCGGACAUCCCCUUGCUCAACUUUGCCAGGAGGUUGUUCCACGCGACUGGCCGACUCGCCCUGCGCAUCAUGGAAUACGGGGAUGUAACAAAGGGGCUUUGA